AUGGAGGCCUUCACAUUUGCUGUCUCCACCCAGGUGGACUUUCCGAUUCAAAUCAAAAUUGGCUCUUUGGAAGGGAAGCAAAAAGAGGUCCCCUUUUCUACACUCCUCAAGCGACCGGAAUUGCGACACCUCGGUUCCGUGCAGAACCCCACCUCCGAUCUGUUCGUCACAGUACAACUAUGGUCAGACUCGAAACCACUGGGGGUGCCUUUGCAAACCUCAUAUAGGACCUUCAAAUCAGUCCGCGCUUGGAAUGAAUGGCUACAGAUGCCUAUGUCCCUCAAGGAUGCCCCGUAUAAGUGCCAGCUUGCGAUAACCAUUUGGGAUUUGUCUCCAUUUGGAGGCGAGGGUGCGCAAGGCCAUUACAUCCCAUUCGGCGGGACAACAAUAUCCCUGUUUGAUGAAGAAGGUAAAUUGAAGAUGGGGAGGCAGAAGUGCAAAGUAUAUCGCCACAAAGCUGCCGAUGGUUUCUCUUCCACAACUACCCCUUCUGUCCCAUCAACGAAGCGGCGGAAGGCCAAUGCUCCUGAUCCGUUGGGCCCUUCUCCCGAGGAGAUAGAGCUGGAACGAGUAGAGGUUCUGAUCAAGAAGCACGAAAUGGGGGAGAUACCACGCAUCGAUUGGAUGGACCAGAUGGUCUUUCGUCAGCUAGAGAAGUUGAAACUUAAUGCCGAAGAAUCCGCAAGGAAGCGGGCCACCCUUUUAAAGUCGGCGAAGCAUAAAUCCCGGGGAAACCAUGGAGCCGAUGGAGAUGAUUCGGAUGAGGGGGAUCUUGACGACGAGAUCUUCACUUUGUAUGUCGAAUUUCCACGCUUUGACCACCCCGUCGUCUGGUCUGACCACGAGUAUCCUCCGCCCCCGGUCUCGUCAUACCCUCACAAUGCACCUGCCAAUCCUAGCUCUGCGUUGAAACCUGCUCCGGAGGUUCGUUUUGGCCCCGGAAUCGAAGGUGCUGAUGGAGAGGGUGUGAUCAGAAUAUAUGACCCUGAAGUUGGGCAGACAGGCAAUCCAUGUGAAGACAAACACAGAAGACUCAUUCGUAGUCACCGUACCGGCAUCAUGGACCGAGACCUGAAACCAAAUCCAAAGAUCCGAGAUGAACUAAAUGCCAUUCUGUCGUACGAGCCAACGCAAGAUCUCACUGCCGAGGAAAAGGACCUUGUUUGGCGCUUCAGGUACUAUCUAACUCGUGAGAAACGAGCGUUGACCAAGUUUGUUAAGUCGAUUAAUUGGCGCGAUGCCGGUGAAUCACAUCAAGCGGUGGAAAUUCUUCCUAAGUGGACCGAAAUCGAUGUCGAUGAUGCUCUGGAGCUCCUUGGGCCAACGUUUGAUAACCCAGCAGUCCGUUCUUAUGCAGUUGAAAGGCUUCGGAAGGCCGAUGAUGAAGAGCUUCUCCUUUACCUCCUUCAGCUGGUACAGGCGCUAAAGUACGAGGACAAUUCCAACAAUGACAUAGAGGAUGCUGCCCAUGAUUCGUCACUGGCUAAUUUCCUGAUCACUCGUGCUGCAAAUAAUUUUAAGCUCGGAAGUUAUUUCCAUUGGUAUCUAAUGGUUGAAUGCGAUGACACCAGCCCCGGGACCCUAUCCACGCAGCGCAGACUCUUCGCUCGGGUAGAAUACUAUUUCAUGGCUGAUUUGGAACAAGUGCAUCCUGGGCAUCGGAAGACGCUGUUACGCCAGGGUGAGCUGGUUGCUGUGCUCUCCAAAAUCGCCAAGGACCUCAGGUUUUCGCGAGAUAACCGGCCACUGAAGAUUGAGAAACUCAAAAAGUACCUGAAAGACCCUAAAAAUGAGCUUGUGCACAUUGAGCCUCCAUUACCGCUGCCCUUAGAUCCAGAAAUAUCAGUCACAGGCUGUUUUCCGGACGAGACCAAUGUCUUUAAAUCUACCCUGUCUCCUCUCCUCAUCACCUUCAAGACAUCGGAAGGGCAGAAGUAUCCAAUCCUGUUCAAAGUCGGCGAUGAUCUUCGCCAGGACCAGCUCGUAAUACAGAUAAUCAUUCUAAUGGACCGUCUCCUGCAAAAGGAGAAUUUGGAUCUUAAACUGACACCCUAUCGAAUCCUUGCCACCAAUGCUACGGCAGGCGCCGUGCAGUUCAUCCCAUCAGCAUCCUUGUCUGCAAUCUCAGCCAAGCACAGGUCAGUCCUUGCAUAUCUCCAAGAAAACAACCCUGAUGAGAACGAACCACUUGGUGUCCGAAAGGAGACCAUGGAUACCUACAUAAAAUCCUGUGCCGGAUACUGCGUGAUUACAUACCUCCUUGGAGUCGGCGACAGACAUCUUGAGAAUCUUCUCCUCGCCCCAGAUGGCCAUUUCUUCCAUGCCGACUUCGGUUUCAUCCUAGGUCGAGACCCCAAACCAUUCGCUCCAAUGAUGAAGCUAUGCAAAGAAAUGGUCGAAGGAAUGGGCGGCACCACGUCUCCUCAUUACCUCCAAUUCAAGCAAUACUGCUUCACCGCGUACACCACGCUGCGCAAGUCGGCAAACCUUAUCCUCAACCUGUUCAGUCUAAUGGUCGACGCCAAUAUCCCCGAUAUCCGCGUUGAGCCGGAUAAGGCGGUACUCAAGGUCAAAGAGAGGUUUCAUCUGGAGAUGACGGAAGAGGAAGCUAUUCGUCAUUUUGAGCAACUCAUCGGUGACAGCGUGAAUGCUAUAUUCGGUGUGGUUAUUGACCGUCUUCAUGAGUUUGUUCAGGGUUGGAGAGCAUGA